AUGUCUGAAGGUUCGGUCGAUACAUUGUUGGCGACCAAGUAUCUUUCCGGUGUCGCCUUGACCCUUCUGCUUUAUGAUCAUGUCAUUCAUUUCGACAGAGAGAUCGAGUUCAUAUGGCUGGAGCCGGCUUCGUUGCUCUCCGUGUUCGUUAUGUGCGAGCUCUGGGUCAGAGAGAUUGGGCUGAUAUACAUCAUGACCGGGUUUGUCCUCUCGUUUGGGGGCACCAUUGCUUGUGCAAUCAGAGCCGCUGCAGCAUUAGCGAGUUCGGUUGAAGCAGUGCCUGUCUUGGAUAUAUGCGAAUUCCCCGUCAAGUCUUGGUUCGAAACUGCGUCUUGGUCUGUAGUGAUUGUUUACGACCUGUUCGUUCUAAUAAUGGUCGUUGUGAAUGCCCUCGGGAAGCCUCGUCGGAGUGACGUAGACAUCAUCAAGAGUCUGUAUACCGACGGGUUCCUUAUUUUCCUAGCGUUCCUUGUUCUUCGAAUCUCACGGUUACUGCCUAGCAUUUUCGGAAAUGGAGGCGACAUGCUGCUCACCCCGCUCGUCUCGUGGGCUCUAGAGGGUGUGUUGAACACGCGGCUCUACUACAAAAUCAAGCAAGUCGAACUCAACCACAUGCACUGGACGCCAUACCUCGUGGACAAUCAGUCCAGAACACGAGCAGUACUCAUAUACGAAGAAACGGAGAUGGAGUGUAUAUAACAGCAUAACAUUCAUGUUAUUUCGAUUUCUAGUGACGACGACUACGCACCUCAACUGUAUUGUACUUAUGUGUAGCAUAAAUUCAGCCGACGACUAUAUACUUACUAAUUACAACAUCUCGUCAUUUGUCAUA